AGGUAAACAGGAAGUGACAAAUCACCAUUUUGCAACAGAUGUAUUUCAGAGACGUUGGACAUAUUCGUCGGGAAAAGCGUAAAAUUCGCAGCAAAACUUUCCAGAUAUGGCCGAGAGACACUUAAUUUAUACACUUCUCUAUCAUUCCUCCAUUACUUUCUUGCUCGGUUCCACGGUUUACAGAUAAAGAAAAAUGUUUUGCAAGGGAAGUCGAUUGAAUGCAUGAUAAGAACCCAAGAUCAUUUGUGCUGGCCAAGAAGGAAGGAUGCUGAAAAUACGAUCGACUUGGUGACUCCGUCGUGGAUCAACGCUCUUUUAUUUGAUUUGUUAGAUAAUAUGUAUUUUGAACAUUUCAAAAUGUAAAUUUAAAGAGACUGGUAGAGCACUAUCUGCUUGUUGUUGAGGAAAGCAGUUUAACUUUGUACUUAAAAUGAGUUCUCUGCUGGAACUCCACAACUAAUUUAGAUUGUAUUACAUACCAAAAUGGGUGAUCCACACAACCGAAAAAAUUCAGCAGUCAAUCGUUUACGGAAUCAACUGAAGAAAAAGAGAGAGUCUCUCGCAGACCAAUUUGAGUUCAGAAUGUACAUUGUUUUUCACUUCAAAGAGAAGAAAAAAAAUCCUGCCAUAUUUGAAGUUUCUGAGGUUGUGCCAGUAAUGACUAACAAUUACGAAGAUUGCAUUCUUAAAGGUGUCAAGGAAAAAGCUUACUCUUUUGAGAGUUCUCAGGAACUGUUAGAAAAGGAUAUUGUUCAGCUUCAUGCUCCUCGCUGGCAUCCACUAAGGCGUGACAUUCUUGGCUGUACAACAGAUGUAGAUUUUCUUCUGUGGCCAAGAAAUGAUAUUGAAAAGAUUGAGGGAAGAUUGUUUUCCAGAUGGAAGGGGGAAGACAUGCCUUUCAAACCAGUCAUGGAGGAUUUUGUUUACUCUCAUGAGGACUAUGAUAGACAACUCACAAAUUUGGUGAACAAGAAGGAAAGAUCGGCUCUGAUUAUCAAUGACCCCAAACAGUCUAUGUUCCUGUUUCUGGAUAAGCAUCACAUCCAGACAACCACAAAGAAGAUGAUUUUGUUUAAGUUGUCCAGUGUCUGUCUGUAUUUACCACAAAAUCAGCUGACAUUAUGGGGACCUGGUACAGUCAACGACUUCUUGUCCAUGCAGCUCAUGUGAUUUGGCUGUUAGGUCUACCGCCAUCUUCUCGGGAAAUUUGACAAGAAUUUAGACAAUUUCAUGUGUCUAUGUGAAACUUUGCUUUCAUAUUAUAUUAUUUUUUGUUUGUUUUUUUUAUUUUUUGUUUUACAAAAAAAAUGGUUCAUUUGUUCACUAAAGUAAAUCCUUCAUAGCUUAAGGCCUUGUUUGAGUUACUAGAAGAUUUUCCUGAUUAUUUUAUUGAAAAAAGUAUUUUUUUUUUGCUUAAAAAACCUGAUGAAAAGUUUUGCCUUCAGUCAUUUUAUCUUACUUGAUAAUGUUGAAGAGAAGAAAAAAAGUUUUUAUUUUACAUCUUAGACAUUGUUUAUACUGUCAGAAAUAAGCUGCUUAAGUUUUUUUUGUCAUUUUGGGAAUGUUCGGAAUAUUUUGCUUCAUACACUGAAAUUCAAAUAUUGUAAAUUUUGAUCUAGUAUUUUAUUUUCUGUAAACGAGUCAAAGGAAUUAGAUGUAAGCAUACACAGGUUCUUAACUGUGAUAAUCAGAUCUAUCAGUUACCAUUCUCUCCCUUUAAAAUAGCAGUUAAUAUAUUUGAUGUAAACAAACCUCUGUAAACAAACCGUGUCCACAUCUUUGUGUAAUAAUGGUGUUUUCAUGUUACAAGUAUUGCUUUGGGUAUCUUUAAAUUGGUAUGGUGCACUCAAUUCGAAAUAGAACUUUUGGUGGAAAUUUGGGUUUAUCUAACAACACUUAAUUUCAACUCCUCCAAUCAGAUGAAAUUUUAGAGGACAUUGGAUGUUUUUUUCCCCCUGAUACAUGCAUAUAAUUGUGUUGCAUGCCUUUGUCAUUUUAUGAUAAAUUUAAAAAGAAAAACCAAAGUAUAUUGCAAAGUUUGCAAUUCAAUUCAAUAAAUUUGCAUUGUAAAUAAAAAAAAAAUUGAUUUUAUUACAGACAAAUCAAUGUCUUGUAAAAUUAGAAAAUUUUGUUUGAUAUUGAUAAAAGAAUCAUAAAUUGUACUGCUGUAAUUUUGAUAAAGAAAGAAUAUCUUUUCACUUCUUAUAUAAAAUGGCUUUUGUCAUUUUCUAUGGGACGUUUUUCACAAUUAAUGCACAUGAUUUGUUAGGAAGUAUUCCUUUUUAUUAAAGAGAAAUGUCUGAAGAAUAGAUGUUCAGCAUUGAAUUCUGGUAAUGGCAAUUUCUGGCUAGUGUAAUUACUGUCAUGUAGAACAAUGUUUUAUUACAUAAUGUAAUUGAGUUUAUUUUUUGUUUAAUUUUUAACAUACCAGUAUUAAAAAAUCUUGUCAACUGA